CAGAAAUAAAUUUUAUUGUAAAUAGGACCAGAUUGGGCUUAUUUGCUCGUUGAUCAAAAAUCGGAAUUUACGUUCACGUUCUAACAAUCUGGAAGGCUUUGUUAAGAGCGCAAAAAUGUCAAGUUUGGUGUCCUGUCUUCUAGGCAGGGAUGAUAGCUCGGCCAAACAAAUAAGCAGGCAAAUAGAACAACAGCUCAAGGAUGACAAGAAGACGGCACGAACCCAAGUGAAACUAUUAGUGCUAGGUACUUCUGAAAGCGGAAAAUCAACAUUUUUGAAACAGAUGAGGAUUAUACAUGGGACGGGAUAUUCAGACGAAGAAAGAUUAACAUUUGUGUCACUGAUUGCGCAAAAUAUCCAUUCAUCGAUGAGAAUUCUCAUAAAAUCUAUGAAGUAUCUGAAUAUCAGCUUUGAAAAACACGAAAAUGAAGAAAUCGCUUUUAAUUAUGAAGACAGUGAAGCCGAAACAGAAACCAGUUCGAGUCUCUCACUCAAAACUGGAAAUGAUUUUGCAAAACUAUGGAAUGACGCGGGUGUACAACAGUGCUUUGCAAGACGAGAUGAAUUUCAACUUUCCGAUUCUACCGCAUAUUUUAUGAAUAAUCUAGAACGGAUAUCAGAAAAGGGCUACAUCCCGUCGUUACAGGAUGUACUUCGCUCACGUAUGCCGACAUCUGGAAUUCGUGAAUAUCAAUUUGAUAUCGGUAACUUUGUUUUCGGUAUUGUUGACGUCGGAGGACAAAAAUCAGAACGCAGGAAAUGGAUUCAUUGUUUCGAGAAUGUUACUUCAAUUAUAUUUCUUGCUGCACUAAGCGAAUACAACAUGACUAUUCCACUGGAAGAGGUUAGUCAAGAUUUACGUGCUAGUUUACGUCACAACCAACGUCGACAAGCAAUGCGGGCGAAAACAACAUUGAAUAAAGCAGCAAGUAGUACCGGAUUCGGAUUUACUAACGGUCUCGCUGGACUCGAUAUGGCAAACGGAGGGCACCACGGAUCGUCACAACAUCGGAAAAUAAAAUCAAGGCCAUCGAACAGAAAACACUUUUCUCCAACCGAUUUUCCUCGAACGGCUCUUAGGUCGACGCCGUCAUCUUUGGAAGAAUCUCCUGACCAGAAUGGAAAUACGAGGAAAAAAUCUGACGACUCCUCUAGAUCUGCCGAACCUUCCUUUGCACCUUCUCACAUCAAUCGAAUGAAAGAAAGUCGUGCACUCUUCAAAACAAUAAUUUCGUGCGAAUAUUUCACUAAUACAUCAGUGAUACUAUUUCUAAACAAAAAAGACAUUCUCGCAGAAAAGAUCGCAACAUCACACAUUUCAGACCACUUUCCUGAAUUUGAAGGCCCCAAAUGCGACGCUGAGGCGGCAAGAAACUUUAUUUUGACAAAAUAUGCCGAUUGUUUUGAAAGAAGGCGCACGCCAAAGCGGGACUUGUAUGCACAUUUCACGUGUGCCACAGACACCAGAAAUAUUAAAUACGUUUUCGCAGCGGUGAAAGACAUUAUUCUUAAAAAUUAUUUGAUUACAUAUAACCUGGUAUAAGAUAAAUGCAACAUUUUGUUUAACAAGUAAUUCUGUUUGAAAAAAGACCCUGCGAAAAAUACCUCAUUUAUAGUAUUUUAACAAGUUUGGAAAUUUUUGCUUAUUAUAAACAAGCAUAAAACACUGCCAGAGUCGAACUUCAAAAACUAAAUAUUAACUUGAAAUGAAAUGUAGACGAUAAAAUCAAACAGCUUGGCAUGAUAAUACAUUCCAAUUACUUGUUUUCUAUCUUUUUAAAUCAGCUUCCGGUUUUGAUAGUGUUAUGGCAUAUAUAUAUAUAUAUACCCUGUAAUGCUUAAUAAAGCGCGCUUGAGAGAAGGCUGUGAAGUACUUGCCCGUGCCAAACAAACAUAUUGUAAAUGUAAUAUUUUUUUCGCGAAACGUCAGUGAUCAGACCCAUGUUCCUCCUAUAUUAUCAUUACAGUAUUAGCUUAUUUUCAAAUAUUGAUUUGAAAAAUUUCGAUGUGUCACAUGCGUUGUGUUCGUAAAAUAUGAACAGCACAGAUAUAUAUAUAUAUAUAUAUAUAUAUUGCGUGUUUUUUAAAAGGGUUUUAUUUAUCAAACGUGAAACCAACACAAACUAAAUGUUGGCGUGGUUCACACGAAUUUUAAACCAAACACUGUUUUUCGUUUUAAAAAAUCCCCGACUGUAUUUGUCAACUUUGACUUUCACUUUUGCACCUAUUUUUAUUCUUUAUAAUGCGAUGUGGCUAAAAGAGGGUUGAUGUUAAAGAUAUUGAAAUUCUUUUUUUUUCAAACUGAAGUUGCAAUUUGGGACCUGCAUUCGCACUGCGUCAAAUCACUGCGUUGUCUACGAUAGGAUCCGCUCGAUUUGAAUCAUCGAUUUGAAGUAUUACAUUGUGGACCUUGCAUUUAAGCAAAAAUAUUGGUAUUUAAUCCAGAUCAUAAUAAUCGCUGAUUUGUUUGCUGAUUUCCCUUUUUAUAGCGAAAUCCUAAUCUAGAUUAUUGUUUAUUGCGCUCAUUUAAUUUCAAAUGAUAGUGUGAAUGGGGUACAUGCCGAAUUCGCGUCCUUCAAGAAUUCUAUUGUUCAGCGUAUAUUUCAUAUUACAAUUUAAAAAUUAAUGAGAUUAUGCUGUCUCACCGGCAACUGAUCAGACUCCCGAUUGGCAGUGAACUUGUAUGUUCUCAAGCGUGUUUGUUUUGACGCGAGUACUUUUCGUUAUACAUCCAAAAUUAAUCAUAUUGUACAGUAUCGUUACACCAAGUACUUUCCCGAUGCAUUCCGAUAUUUCAGUUCCCCCAGACUGUUCAAACCAGAUGCUAUACAUAAACUUUUUAACUUGAAGCUGGCAUGCUGUUCUCUCCAGUAUACUGUAAGAAAAUAUCAAAACCUAUAACGAUUUAUUUUUCGUUUAGUGUUGUUUUCGUGCUUAUUAUUUUGUUUUGAAAUAUAAUUAUUAUUAAUGUUUGUUGUGAUAUGAUUAUGCUUUUUAACGGAAAUUGCCAUACUUUGUUUUCAUGUUUUCGAUGAUGCAAUAAAAUUGUUGCUUUAUCA